GCAGUUACUACACACACAAAUUAAGGUUUGACCAUCCAACACAACAUUGACAAACAAAAAGUAGUGAUGAUGAACAUAUAUGACCAUGACUGGUAAAACCAAAGAAAAAAUGAGCCAUGCUUUUGCACAUUCUCAUCAUCAUCAUCAUCACUUUAUCGUUAUAAUCUGUAUAAUAUAUAUAAACCUUCUCAUACCUUAAUAUUUAUUCAACACCAAUCUCUUACCAAAAGAAGCAACUCCUUUUCCUGUUCUGCAGAACCAUCAUUCAGUUCUGAACAACUUUUAAUGGCAGAAGUUGAAAUCCCUCAGUAUUUUGUUUGUCCCAUUUCGUUUCAGAUCAUGGAAGACCCUGUGACUACAGUGACAGGGAUUACAUAUGACAGAGAAAGCAUUGAAGAGUGGUUGCGUAAGGCCAAGGAUUGUGUCUGUCCUGUUACCAAACAAUCACUUCCAAGAAGCUCUCAAUACUUAACCCCUAACCACACGCUUCGAAGGCUUAUCCAAGCUUGGUGUUCAGCAAACACAGCCAAUGGUGUUGAUCCAAUUCCAACCCCGAAAACCCCUUUAAGCAUGAUCCAAGUUCAGAAACUCGUGAAGGGUCUUGAUGCUCCUCAUUCUUUUGGAACAUCGUUGGAGAAGUUGCAUGCUUUGGCUGCACAAAGCCAGAGGAACAGAACCUGCAUGGCUGAGGCUGGUGUAGCCAAGGCCAUGGUGAAACUGAUUAACAACAAUUUCAAAGAUGGAAAUACAAAAACCAGUUCCGUGGAAGAAGCUUUGAGAAUUGUUCAUCUGCUUUGGAACAACAACCACAGCAGCAUGAAACCACUAGUUGGUGAGAGCUUGGACUUCAUCAACUCGUUGACUUGGGUUUUGAAGCUUCAUUUGGAUGACAGCAACAUCAAGAUGGUGAACGAAGCAAUGCCCCUUGUGAAGUUGACAAUCGAGGUUGCUGAUUCAACCCUUUUGGGAAAUUUAAGCCUUGACUUCUUCAAGGAAAUGGUGAGGGUAUUGAAGAAAAGAGCACUAUCUCAGCAAACUAUAAAAUCUGCUUUGCAUGUUCUUGUACAAACCUGCGUUUUGGGUAGAAACAGAACGAGGAUCGUUGAAGCAGGUGCAGUGGCAGAAGUCAUAGAGCUUGAGCUUGAGAAGCCGGAGAAGAACAUGACAGAGCUCAUAUUCAACCUUUUGGCUCAUCUGUGUUGUUGUGCUGAGGGAAGAGAACAGUUUCUAAGACAUGCUGCGGGCAUUGCAGUGGUUUCAAAGAGGGUUUUGAGGGUUUCUGCUCUCACGGACGAUAGAGCAAUUCAUGUGUUUUCAGUGAUUGCUAAGUUUUCAGCAUCGAACGAGGUUGUUCUAGAGAUGUUAAGGGUUGGAGCUGUGUCAAAGCUUUGCAUGGUGAUGCAAGCAGAUUGUGCUGGUUAUUUGAAAGAGAAAGCAAGAGACAUCCUUAGGUUGCACUCCAAAGUUUGGAACAAUUCUCCUUGUAUACAACUGUAUUUGUUUACUAGACACCAACGGUGAUCAAAAUUGAACACCGAUGUCGUUUACAUGAAAAUGUUAUUAUAUGAUCCAAAAUCGUUAGUCUCCACAACAUGUAACUUGUAGUUGAGUAUUAUUAACGUUUUUAUAAAUUAAAAACCUAGAUUACAUGUUAUGUGAAGAUUAAUUAGAAGCAUGAACAUUAGUAGUGAGGAAUCAUGUACAUAAACUUUGGAGAAAUUCUAGUAGAUUAAUCCUGAAGUUGAGAAAAAAGAAAAGGUGAGCAAAUCCAAAUAGUACAA